GGGCAGCGUAACGGCUCUCUCUCCUACCGGAUGGUGCAGAUGCUGACAGGACAUGGGUGUUUCGGCCACUACCUGCACCACACGGCCAGACGGGAGCCAACGCCUCAGUGCCACCAUUGCGCGGAUGAGGACGACACUGCAGAGCACACGCUCGUCGCCUGCCCAGCUUGGGUCGCACAACGAGCACAGCUCUGCGACAUUAUAGGACCAGAUCUGACUCUCCCGGUCAUAAUAAGAUCAUUGGCCCGGUCGAGAGAAGCCUGGCAGGCAGUCUCCACUUUCUGCGAGUCUAUAAUGACACAGAAAGAGGCCGCUGAGAGAAAUCGGGAGGCAGAUGAAGCAGCUGACCCGAUAAGAGCGUCAACUCCCGCCAUAAUAGGGCUCGGGCGACGGACUGGGGAAUCCGUCGCCUAUCCCACGAGCCCUUCCGGUAGAAGAGCGUCCGACGCCUCGGACCGCUCUCCCGGAGAAAGCGGCAGAAGUUAA